GGGUAGUCCUUUUCGCGGGUUUUUUUGUUUAAACAUCUCUUCGUACGUUCCUCUUAAAAAAAAUCGUAAAAAUAGUGAUAAUUUGUAGAAAAAGUGUCCAAAAUCGUGGUAAUAACGUGAACUUUUAAAAAUGUUUAUAAUUUUCGAUAAAAUUUAUCCUCUUAGUGAUCUUAUUUUUGUAGUUCAGUUCGGUAGUGAUAGUUCGGGAUCAUAUAAUUAUUUUUAAACAGUUUUUCGGGUUAAAAAAUGUAUUAAUUUUUUAAUACUAAGUGUCUGGUGAAAUAAUUUGUUUAAAAUAAAUUAGUUGUGCUAUCAAAAUGUGCUCUAUAACCCCAUUUGUUUAUACAAUUUGGCGCCAUUUUUGUGUAAAGUAAUUUCAACUAAUGUAUGUGUGUGUAAUCGUGAUAGUUAUUCAAAAAUAGUGCUUUAAUACAUGCUGUGGAUUAGGAAAACAAAUGAACCAUGCAAUCAACGCCGAUGUUGAGGUCCUUUAGUUCAGAUUCAUCGCACAAAAGGGAUUGGAAACAACGGUUAAGUUUAAGGGAUAAUCGCAGAAAGGAUACUGAAUCGGCGUCGAAUCGAAAAGGAUGUACAAGAAAAUGGACGAGUUUAAAAAGUAAUCCGAAAUUGAACGUUGACGUUGGAGAUGGCGGGGGUACGAGUGGAUCGGUUUCAACUCCAUCAUCGACUGCAAACACAAGUCCCCUAUUACCAUCUUCCUGUACAGAAUCAACAAGGAAAAGUAAUUGGCAAGUUAUCGAACAUUUCGGAUCGAAAGAUAAGGGCAGUAUGUCGUCUAGUCUGAUUGCCGUUGGAACGGUACCAAGAUCACCUCUUAAUAAAGAAAAUGAUUCCGUACCGAAUUCUAGCCCCGAUUUAGAUGGCCAAGAAGUUGAAGCGGAACUUUUGGUGACACACAAUCAAACGCGACAAUCGAAUGACGUUUUUUCCAAAUUACGAAGACUUAUUAAAAAAGUGUGUAGUACUCAUCAAUUCAAAAAUGAACAGGUUGAAAUGCUCUACCAAAGAUAUUUUUUAAAGAUGAACCAGAGCAAUAUGACUAAUUUGAUAACUCUUCUUUUAACUUUAUGCGUUUUACUCUUCAUGAUCUCUCUAACGGACUUCGCGAUGCCCCGUCAAUUAGAUACGCAUACGACAGGACCGGAUUUAGUACCUUACGAUAAACUACUUGUGCUUAUGUGCACUUCGGCGUGCUGUGUAGCUAUUUACGGGGUUUUGCUUAACGUAGUAUCAAGACCGGCGAUGAACGAAGUCUACUUGAUAAUAAUUUCUUAUUUUAUACUCGUUACUUUUCUCACGUUAGAGAUAUUGAUAUCUUUUUACUUUGACGAUAAACGACCACUUUUGGGAUCUUCUUUCGCGCUUUCAUGUACGUAUUUAACGUACGCUUUGAUGCCAAACAGACUCAAAGACGCCCUUUUGUCCGGAGUAAUUUUAGCGAUCACCGAAAUUAUUUUAUUGAUAUAUGUAGGGAAGGUGAUCGGUCCAACAGAAAUUAUCAGCUGUUUGAUAAUAUUUUUAUGCGCCAACGUCGCCGGUAUUUGUACUCAUUAUCCCAGGGAAGUAGCCCAGAGAAAAGCAUUUUUAGAAACGAGACAGUGUAUCGAAGCGAGACUUAAAAUCCAAAGGGAAAAUCAACAACAAGAGAGAUUGUUAUUAUCAGUAUUACCUCGUCACGUGGCUAUGGAAAUGAAAGCCGAUAUUGCAGGGCAACCCAAACAGGAGCAAUUUCAUAAAAUUUAUAUACAAAAACACGAAAAUGUAAGCAUUUUAUUCGCAGACAUAUGCGGGUUUACAACUCUUUCUGAUCAAUGUACUGCAGAGGAGCUGGUUCGAAUUUUAAACGAAUUAUUCGCACGAUUUGAUCGUUUGGCGGCAGAACAUCAUUGUUUAAGAAUUAAACUUCUGGGAGAUUGUUAUUAUUGUGUUUCCGGCCUUCCGGAAGCUCGACCCGAUCACGCUCACUGUACAGUAGAAAUGGGAUUGGAUAUGAUAGAUGCUAUAGCAUUAGUAAGGGGUGUUAUGAAUGUUAACGUGAACAUGAGAGUGGGUAUUCAUACUGGUCGGGUUCAUUGUGGAGUUCUUGGUUUGCGAAAAUGGCAAUUCGAUGUUUGGUCGAAUGAUGUUACUUUAGCUAAUUACAUGGAAAGCGGAGGAAUUCCUGGGAGAGUUCACAUCACUAAAGAAACGUUAAAAUGCCUCGGUAACGAUUAUAUAGUUGAAGCAGGACAUGGAGGUGAUCGAAAUUCGUAUUUAAAAGAUCACAAUAUUGAUACGUAUCUCAUAGUAGCACCACCAUACAGAGGUGAUUCUUCCGUUCCUUAUCAAAAUCAUCCGAUGAACGGAAAUAUUGCUAAAGAAAUGAGAAUUAUGGGACACGGUUCUCAACAUGGUCACCCUUCAAAACUUGGUUUUGGUGAAUCAGUGGAAAGGGAGAAAAAUCCCGAAGAUGAAGUAAAUGAGUAUUUAAUGAAAGCCAUCGAUGCAAGAAGUAUCGAUAGGUUGAGAACUGAACAUUGUCGUACUUUACUACUCAACUUUAGAGAUCCGAUAAAAGAAUCUAAGUAUGUACUUGAAAAGGAUCGAAUGCUUACUAUGUAUUUUUUUUGUUCGACAUUUUGUUUUAUAACUAUUUUAAUAGUUCAGUUAGUAGUAUUUCAAAGAAAUGAUACCGCAUUGCUGUGUUCAAUUCCAGUAUUAUUUUUCUUAGUGUGCAUACCCCUGUUGGUAUACAUAGAUAACAUAAAACAACGGAAAAGAUUUUCAACGUUAUUUCUUAUUUCGAAAACUAUACACAAAAACAGGAAUGUCGCUCAAGUUUUCUGUUUCGUAAUGGCUGUUUGUAUAUACGGUUUAGUUUUAUUUCAAAUGUUUUCAUUAUCGUUUGAAAUACAAUGUCUGAAUUCUACCUUUGGUGGAUCAAACUGUACCAAUUAUUCGCUCAAUUAUUCUAAUGAGAACAAAGGCUGCAAACAAUAUUAUUUAAUAGAUUAUUUAUUGCUACUCGUAAUGGUGUCGAUGAUUGCUUGUGCCGUCUACCAAAUUUUAAUUUCAUUAUUAAAGACAAUCGUUUUGUUGGGGGGAAUGGCUGGAUUUCUUGUCGCCUAUAUACUCUACAAUAAAUCUUUGGAAUCAAUUAUGUGCAUCUACAAAAACAACGAGAAUACAUUUACUCAUCAUUAUAUGAACGUUAUAGUUUUGGGAGGGUUUGUUCUAGCUCUAAUUAUACAUGGGCAACAAACCGAAGCUACAUACAGAUUAGAUUUUGUAUGGAAAUUGCAAGCUACAGAGGAAAAGGAAGACAUGGAACACUUGGAAGCAUACAACAGAAAGCUUUUGGCCAAUAUUUUACCCGUACACGUGGCCGAACAUUUUUUGAACAGCGACAAAAAUAACGACGAACUCUACCACGAACAAUGCGAUUUUGUUUGCAUUAUGUUUGCUUCGAUACCGAAUUUUUCCGAAUUCUACGUAGAAUUAGAAGGUAACAACGAAGGAGUCGAAUGUCUACGAUUACUCAAUGAAAUAAUAGCGGACUUUGAUGAAUUAUUAUCAGAAGAAUCGUUUAAAUACAUCGAAAAAAUCAAAUCGACUGGAGCCACAUAUAUGGCAGCCUCAGGUUUAACUCAAAAUACGUGCGAUAUGUUGGAAUUUAAACACGUAACGGCAAUGGCCGAUUAUGCUCUUCGAUUAAAGGAAUUACUUGAAGAGGUCAAUGAGCAUUCUUUCAAUCACUUCAGGAUUAGAAUCGGCAUCAACGUCGGACCGGUAGUUGCCGGAGUGAUUGGAGCUCGUAAACCGCAAUACGAUAUUUGGGGUAACGCCGUCAACGUAGCCAGCAGAAUGGAUAGUACUGGAAUUCAAGAUAAAAUUCAAAUUACAAAAGAAGUGAAUCAAAUUCUUCAAGCGAAAGGUUAUCCAACGAAAUGUCGGGGUACAAUUAACGUGAAAGGAAAAGGUUCCAUGGAGACGUUCUUUCUCGAAGGUCCGGCUCGAACACGACCUAAUAUCACUUUGAAUCCGUUGGCGACGAGUUUUGGUUCCGACGAUGAAAAGUUCGAUGAAAUAAGAAGUACUCAAUUGGGUACGAUUUCCGAAAGAAAUUAAAAACUCGCUUUUAUUGAAAGUGAGAUUCAUAAUGAACAUUUUAUAUAAUGCAAAGUGUACAUCGCCGCUUAAGAAAAAAAAAAUUGAAAAGCGGCUAUAUUGGAGAUGCACAAAGAAAGUGGAUAAUUUUUUUAUCGACGAAAUAUACAGGGAAUAUAAAUGUAAUUGUCCCAAAUAAUUUAGGACAUUACAGUUCACUUAUAUUUAGACUAAGUAUAUGUAUUUAGUGCUAACUGUUUUGUAAAAGAAAGAAUUUGAAAAAUAGUUAUCGCUGGGAAUAAACUCGAAUUGAUAGAAUAUAUAACAUAAAAAUCUUCUGAACCGUAAAAUUAAAAUAAGAAUAGCAAGAAAGAAAAUGUACAUUUAUUCGGUAUAGGGUCCAAUAUAAAAAAAAUAAUUAAACCGAUACAAUGGUCAUUAUAGGUCGCAGAUUGACCGUAUUUGCAUGGUGUUAUCUGUUCUACGAAAUUGAAGUAAUCUAGAGGUGUAAACCCUAAUUAUUGAUUCGAAAUGUGUCACGAAAUACUUUAUGUGGGGUUUGUUAUCGUUCAAAAACGCCGCUUUUAAUUAAUAUCAGACCGUGAAUGAGUAUUAGAGUAAAUUAUCCACUAGCUACUUCAACAACGGGUAUAUAUUGUUAAACAUAUUUCUACGACCAGUCAAAUUACUUCUAAAUGUUAUAAAGUAAGAAUUUGUUCAUUCAAAAAUCUAUUUUUAACUUGAUUUUAAUAUAAAUUAAUAAUGCGAGAAUGUUUUAGACUCUAUUUAUAUUGUAGUUGAAUAAUCUGUGAUUUAUUGUUGAAUUACUGUUCUAUCCAUCGGUUUUGUUUUUUUUUUUAUUAGUUAUUUAAUCUAAUUGUUGAUUGUUUCGAACUGGUAUUUGAAAUCUUAUAUAUUUUUGGAAUAAUUAGUAAUUAGUAUUUAACGUAAUAAUUUUUAUUUCGAAUAUAUUGCCAGUUAGUAAGUUUCUUCUUAUCGUUGAGUACAUUGUUGUGGAAUAAAAUUUAAAACAAAAACGUAGAGAAUAACUUAUAUUCGAAAAAUUGAUGUAUUAUGAACUUUUUAUACUUUCCCAUGAAUCUCUUUUUUCCCAAUCCUACAAUUGUAAUUUACAUAAUUCUUUUCGAGUUAUUCAUCUAUGUUUUGAAUACCAGAUGGCCAAUUACAUUUUCAGGUGUUUUAAUAGUACGAAGGUUGCUACUCAACUUUUAAUUUAGUUAAAUAAAAACAACAUAUGGCUCUAAAGUAUUCUCCAUUUAGAUCAAUACACCUUUGCAUCCGAAAUAUGUGAUUUGAAAACGUUGACUUCGCAAUUUAUUUUCGAUCUUCAGGAAUAAGAAGAAAUCGUUGGGUCUUAAACAAGGACUAUACGGCGGUUCAUAUGCAUAGAUCCAAUCGACACGAAUUGUCAAAUUAUGCGGUAUCAAAUGCUAACAAAUCAUUUUGACAGUCAAAUGUUCAUGCAAUAUUAAUCUGUAAACAACGUCAGAUUUGACAUAAUCACAUCAGUGCUGCCAUAUCCUAAAACUUAAAUAGCAACCCUCAUAUAACUAACGAGAAAAUCAUAUUAUUUCUAUUUUUUUGAAUACACAAAAAUAUAAUUGGACAUUUCUACUUUUAUAUUUUGUAGACUACACAUUUUUUUGUGUGUGUGUAUAUAUAUUUAUAGUAUGUAUUUAUUUAAGGUAUAAAUGAAACUGUAAAUAGACUUGAUUUUAUUUUUUUAAUAAAUAUUUUCCUACCAACCUAAAUGUUACACUCUGAAAUAGUAUUGUAUAUAAUGUUAUCUUUUACUUAGUUUAUUGUAAAUACUAUUUUCUAAUAAAAUAUAUUGUGAUGAUGAA